GCUCAGAGAGCUGUUUGUUUGUUUGUUUGUUUGUUUUUUGAGACAGGGUCUCACUAUGUAGCCUUGGCUGUUCUAGAACUCUCUAUGUAGACCAGGCUAGCUUCGAACUCACAGAGAUUAGCCUGCCUCUGCCUCCCGAGUGCUGGGUAAAGACGUGGGCCACUAAGCUGUGCUUGAGCCCUGGGUUCUUGAACCUGCUUUGGUGAGGAUUCCUUCCCUUCCUCUGGACUGGAGUGAACCAAGAUGGGCUGGCUCUCCUCUGAUGCAAUUCCUGCCUUUUUUGGGAAGGACACCCGAAUUGAGUGAGCGAUGAGUGUUAGCUUUUUCCCCAUGGGAACUGGGCUGACAUAGUGGUAGUUCCAGGACAGUCACACUUACACUGCCUCCUCUUCCCCUGCCUCAACCAACUAGGAUCCUUUAAGGAUGAGGUGUGGAAGGGGGAGAGGGUGUGUGAGGACAGGGGACACUUGUGUGCUGAAUUUUGGGGGCAGAAAUGAGUAGCCAGGGGCUCCAAGGUCCUUGCAAGUGUGUCAGUGGUACCUUUAACCCAGCCAUCUGUGUUCUGCCCUCUGGAGCAGACAUACCGGCAGACAGUCAGACAGACAGACAGACACUGCAGAAAGAAGAGUAGGUUGACUGUUGGGGGUAGGAAAGUGGGCGUGUAUUCAGAGGCCCCAGGUGGGGUGGUGCCAGUGUGCUAGGCCACUCGCACUACUGUUUCCUUGAUGAAGGUCAUCCUCUCCUGUGGCUGUCUGGAGUAGGGCAAGGACAUAUGGGUAGUGCUGGAGGACAGCUUCCCAGAGCGUGUGAGAUGGGGUUUGAUGCUCCACUUUGGGGGAUGGUGUAUAAUAGCAGAGACCAGAGAAGCAUUUGACACCCCCCCCACCACCACCACCAGAAGUCAGCCUCACACAUUUGUUCUCUGUACCUAAGGCAUACUUGCUAGGAUGAAGUUUCCUUGCAAAUUUGAGUGGCCUUUGUGGAGGGUGUGGGCUCGUGAGGCUCAUCCUAAUGGGGUAGAACCCCAGCUUGCUGCCUACAAGAGCUGGAACCAGCCUGUUCCCCACUCACCUGAGACUGUAGAUGAUUCCAGGUUUUUACAUAGAGAUACCAAGGCACAGGCUGAGCAGCCAAGACCUCCUGAUAACUCAGGAGGAAUAAAUGUAGACUUUAAAUAAAGCAGAGGAAGGAGGAGGGGCCUUGGGUUAGUGAGCAGGCUGCCCAGGGUACAUGUCCUUCAAGAAGGGGCUAGAGAAGCGUGAGUCCAGAGCCCUACUUUAGUCAUGGCUGUGAAGUGGCAAGUUACUGUCCAGCAUCAGCAAUGUCCCAGUCCAGUCCGAGACAGAGGGUGGGGCACAGGUGGCCUGGAUGGCCUCUGCUCCUUCCUGGCUCUGGCUGCUGGAUGCCUGCAUGUCUUGUCUUCCUGUGGUUUGGGAGACUGUGUUUGAUGUCCAUCCUUUACCAGAGACUGCAUCCUCACAAGUUGGCAGGGCAGCAGCCGCGUCCAUGGAGCAGAAGGAAUGCCCCGGACCCUGUGCAUCCAGACAGGGACCAACCUCAGCACCAACAGCCAGCACGAAGAUAGCAGAGCCACCUUAGGGGUGAACCAUGAUCCCGGUGACAGAGCUCCGCUACUUUGCGGACACCCAGCCAGCAUACCGGAUCCUGAAGCCAUGGUGGGAUGUGUUCACUGACUACAUCUCCAUUGUCAUGCUGAUGAUUGCUGUCUUUGGGGGGACGUUGCAAGUCACCCAGGACAAGAUGAUCUGCCUACCAUGUAAGUGGGUCACCAAAGACUCCUGCAACGACUCCUUCCGGGGCUGGGCGGCCUCCAGCCCGGAGCCCACUUACCCCAACUCCACAGUCGUGCCGACUGCCGACCCAGGCCCCACAGGUAUAAAGUAUGACCUAGACCGCCACCAGUACAACUACGUGGACGCCGUGUGCUACGAGAACCGUCUGCACUGGUUCGCCAAGUACUUCCCCUACCUCGUGCUCCUGCACACCCUCAUCUUCCUGGCCUGCAGCAACUUCUGGUUCAAGUUCCCGCGCACCAGUUCCAAGUUGGAGCACUUUGUGUCUAUCCUGCUCAAGUGCUUCGAUUCUCCGUGGACCACAAGGGCCCUGUCAGAGACAGUGGUGGAGGAGAGUGAUCCCAAGCCAGCCUUCAGCAAGAUGAAUGGCUCCAUGGACAAGAAGUCAUCUACAGUCAGCGAGGACGUGGAGGCCACUGUGCCCAUGCUGCAGCGGACCAAGUCACGGAUUGAGCAGGGCAUCGUGGACCGAUCGGAGACGGGCGUGCUGGACAAGAAGGAAGGGGAGCAGGCAAAGGCACUGUUUGAGAAGGUGAAGAAGUUUCGGACCCACGUGGAGGAGGGGGACAUUGUGUACCGCCUCUACAUGCGGCAGACCAUCAUCAAGGUGAUCAAGUUCGUCCUCAUCAUCUGCUACACUGUCUACUAUGUGCACAACAUCAAGUUCGAUGUGGACUGCACUGUGGACAUCGAGAGCCUGACAGGUUACCGCACCUACCGGUGUGCCCACCCUCUGGCCACGCUCUUCAAGAUCUUGGCGUCCUUCUACAUCAGCUUGGUCAUCUUCUAUGGGCUCAUCUGCAUGUACACGCUGUGGUGGAUGCUGCGGCGCUCCCUCAAGAAGUACUCGUUUGAGUCAAUCCGAGAGGAGAGCAGCUACAGCGACAUCCCAGAUGUCAAGAACGACUUCGCUUUCAUGCUGCACCUCAUCGACCAAUACGACCCGCUUUACUCAAAGCGCUUUGCCGUCUUCCUGUCCGAAGUGAGUGAGAACAAGCUGCGGCAGCUGAACCUCAACAAUGAGUGGACGCUGGACAAGCUGCGCCAGCGGCUCACCAAGAACGCCCAGGACAAGCUGGAGCUGCACCUCUUCAUGCUCAGUGGCAUCCCUGACACUGUGUUUGACCUGGUCGAGCUGGAGGUCCUGAAGCUGGAACUGAUCCCCGAUGUGACCAUCCCGCCCAGCAUCGCCCAGCUCACGGGCCUUAAGGAGCUGUGGCUCUACCACACAGCAGCCAAGAUCGAGGCUCCUGCUCUGGCCUUCCUGCGUGAGAACCUGCGGGCACUGCACAUCAAGUUCACCGACAUCAAGGAGAUCCCCCUGUGGAUCUACAGCCUGAAGACGCUGGAGGAGCUGCACCUGACGGGGAACCUGAGUGCAGAGAACAACCGCUACAUUGUCAUCGACGGGCUCCGGGAGCUCAAGCGCCUCAAGGUGCUGCGGCUCAAGAGCAACCUGAGCAAGCUCCCGCAGGUGGUCACGGAUGUGGGCGUGCACCUGCAGAAGCUCUCCAUCAACAACGAGGGCACCAAGCUCAUCGUCCUCAACAGCCUCAAGAAGAUGGUGAACCUGACGGAGCUGGAGCUGAUCCGCUGUGACCUGGAGCGCAUCCCCCACUCCAUCUUCAGCCUCCACAACCUGCAGGAGAUCGACCUCAAGGACAACAACCUCAAGACCAUCGAGGAGAUCAUCAGCUUCCAGCAUCUGCACCGCCUCACCUGCCUUAAGCUGUGGUACAACCACAUUGCCUACAUCCCCAUCCAGAUCGGCAACCUCACCAACCUCGAGCGCCUCUACCUGAACCGCAACAAGAUCGAGAAGAUCCCCACCCAGCUCUUCUACUGCCGCAAGCUGCGCUACCUGGACCUCAGCCACAACAACCUGACCUUCCUUCCCGCUGACAUCGGCCUCCUGCAGAACCUCCAGAACCUGGCGGUCACGGCCAAUAGGAUCGAGGCACUCCCCCCAGAGCUCUUCCAGUGCCGGAAGCUGCGGGCUCUGCACCUGGGCAACAAUGUACUGCAGUCACUGCCCUCGAGAGUGGGUGAGCUGACCAACCUGACGCAGAUCGAGCUUCGAGGCAACCGGCUGGAAUGCCUACCUGUGGAGCUGGGCGAGUGCCCGCUGCUCAAGCGCAGUGGCCUGGUGGUGGAGGAGGAUUUGUUCAGCACGCUGCCACCCGAGGUGAAGGAACGGCUCUGGAGAGCUGACAAGGAGCAAGCCUGAGCAUAGCCUGGAGGAGCAGCAAGGACCCUCAGCAGGCCCUCAGGCCAAGUGGGCAGCCCAGCUCUCCCAGGACUGCUGGACAGCCAGCCGGGGCCAGCCAGGCAGAGCCCAGGCCAGGCGUGAGCUGGGCCAGGGCAGAAGACAGGAAUUGAGGGGCUGGCCCCUUUUCUCCCUCUGGGACUCAUACACCCAGGGCAGGCACUUGCUGGGGACCGGAAACUCUGAGACUAGUCUCAGAGUACAGUAUUUGGACAAUCAGGGUCUUUACCCUGGGGGCCAUCUCUGCCUCGGGCUGAGCGGGCACCAGAGACCCAGGGACAGUAACUUAGAGCUGGGUAUUUAUUUCUCUCCACCUCCCAUCUCCUCCCUACAGAUAGCUUAGACAUUCCCAAGACGGUUUGACUCUGUGGGAAGUGUUGAAGCAACCUGGCAGUGUUGGCCUCUUUCUUUUCGGGUGAUGCUGACAGAGUCAGUGCCCACCCAGACGCAGGCAGAGUCGGGUUAGGUGAGCCAGCACAGGAUGGUCACCUUAUUGGCACUGGGCUAGGAUCUGGCAGCAGCGCUUGUGGGAGACCAGGCCUCCAGGUGAAAGGGUCAGGCCUGGGGCUUGCCCUGUCAGUUUUUGAAGAUUUUCGUUUGUUUUGUUUUCUUUCUUUCUUUUUUUUUUUUAAGUCUGUUUUUUUUUUUUUUUUUUUUAAGCUUUGAAAAUGAUGGUUUGGUUAUUUAAAAAAAAGAAAGAAAGAAAAGAAAAAAAAAAAAAACAACGACACUAAAGGCCAGUGAGUUGAAGUCUCAGGGUGGGUGGUAUUUCCCCUUGAGCAAAGCAGCAAGACAUUGAAGGAAACUUCCUGUCCCUGUGGUGUGGGCCAGGAGGUCUUCCCAGUCCGUCCUGACCUUGGUCCAGAGUGCUGUUUGUUCUCUUCUCCUGGGGCAGGGCUUUUAUUUUUGUUUGCUUUUAGGGUUUUUUUGGUGUCCUGUUAUUUUUUUCUCCUCCAUGGGUCUUGGCAGGCACCCUUUUCAUGGCUGUCAGCCAAAAGGAAAGCUCUGGAGCUGCCAAGAAGGGAGGAGACUUGGGCUGACUAAUCCCCAGAUGAACGGUGCUCCAUCCCUGCCCCCCCCCCCCCCUUGUGCCCCUCACGCACAGUGUUAAGGAGCCCGGGCAGCUGCUCCCCCAGACUCUGUCCCACGAGUGUCGUGGGUUUGCUCAUGCCUCACUCGCCUCUGCUGCUGCUUACACUGGCUCUGUCACCAUCUGGUCCCUCGUGAAGAACAGACAUUUGAGGCAGGUUGGGCAUGGAGAGGUCACCACUGCGAGGGCAGGUUCCCAGUUUUUGAUUCCAGGCCAGUUUCUAUACUGGGCACCUGGUUUGCACACAGUACAGUUAGCGCCUAGUGGCAGUGAGCCACUUUGCUUUAGAUCACUCACUAGGGUCCCCACUUUAGAAGGGGCCUUGCCUUAGAUCAAUCACAUGGACACUAAGGCACGUUUUAGCGUCUCUUGUCUUAACGACUAUGUCUGUCCGUCCAUUUGUGUUUUCUGCGUCGUGUCAUUGGAUGUAACCCUUGGAAAUACUGCACACUAGCCUCUGUCAACCAUGAAGCAAUCCGUUACACAUGGGUCAACUAUCCAAUAAAUGUAUAACACAGUU